UUUGCCGCAAGGUGGGCGCGCUGCCAGGCAAGAGAUGCGAAUCCUAUCGUUUUUGGACUGUGGUCAAGGGUAAUUAGACCCCACGACGUUGAUCUAUGCCGCUAUCAAGGAGGGUGCCCUUUAGUAUAUAUAAACAAUACUUUGUGAGGCUUUGUGGACCAUAUCCAUUUGACUCUCCAAGCUGGUGGAUUCCGAUCACGAUUCCAUCACUCAUCACGAUGAAUAUCACGUCAUCACCAAUCCUGCACACGGACUGGCUCCACGGGUUCCUUACGCACUCGGUCACUCCGAAGCUAUGAUGAAUGGCUUUUAGGCCAGGCCAGGCUGCCCAUCUUUUUACUCUCAGUUACACGGCAAGGUUGUUGAGAAACCAACCCUUUGGACUGAAUGUCAAGACCGGAUCAAUAGAUACUAGGAAGGUCACCCAGGUCUGAUCCAUCUUCUUCCCGACUCGACUGUCAGGCCACCUGGAGCACGCCCCACCGCAGGUGGUUCCGGGAGGGAGAGGAAAGGACGAGGAUGGCAGAGUUGGUUGGUCAUGGUAAGAAUCCAGCCAGAAGUAUCCAGGUAAGUGCCCACAAGUAUCCAAGUAAGUAUCCAUAAGUACCCGAGUGACCUUUGUUUUGGAUCACCAACCACGAAACAUGGUUCUUAUCCUAUCAAAACAGUUUUUCGAAUGGCUUCUAGGAUGUUCCAAUUCUAGGUAGAAUUGGACAAUUCAAUUUGGAAUAAAGCAGGAGUAGAACAUGUUUGGCGGGCAAUUUGGAGGGGCGCUCUUCUGUGAAAACGCGCUCAAAAUCCGUUUCCGCAUGCAGCCAGUUCGCGGAUACCGAUACCACCACACCCAACUGUGUACAAGUAUUCAGACGAGAUUGGGUUUGAUUUUCUUUGGAGUGGCAGCGCACUGCUGUCAACAAAGCACAAUGUGAAAAAGAACAAAAGCUGCUCUCGUUCAGUGGUGCUUUUCUAGUGCUACUAGUAGUGUUAGUGUUUCCAGCGUACUUGCCAUGGGUCAGCUACGAUACUGUGUGGAAGCUAUCAACCGAAUUCCUUCAAAACAACUAAGUCCAAGCAUCAUGCAGUGUCAGCACAACACUGAAGGGGACCUACUGCGCCUACUGUACCCCCCUCCGACCCACCCCACGUGCACGUUUGGAACCUAAAGCAUGUCAUUGGCGCUCCAAGCGUUUUUACAAGAUCCUUGGCGCUUCAGGAAGUCAGGAGUGUCGUUGUCAGCUAAGGCCAUAGGCCAGAGGAUCCAGAUGCAGGAUCAGUUGGAACCUCACCUCCCUGUUGGGCAAGAAGUAUUCAAGAACAGAUUCUUACCAAUAAAGAAAACUGACUUGGCGGCCCAAGAUGCAAUUCAGUCAUGGACCGCCUUUGAGAGGACCAAGCUAUAACCCAACUAUGAAUAUGGCGAGCCCACUGUCUCAACUCAAGUCGUUGAUCUUAUUGAGACAAAGCAAGAGCCAUGAAGAGCCAGCAGCCAGUGACGCAUCAACGCCAGACCUGGCAGCCAGACGCAUCUCAGCCAGUCUCGGCAUGGACCCAUGGUCCAAGGGAGGAGCAAAUCACAUCUCCAAGUGCUCCAAAAGAUCGCACAGAGGUUCGAGUGGCAGAACGGGUUUUCACAGUAAGGAAUCCAGUCAGCCUCGCAAGCCGUCACAAGAUUUUACCUCCUUUUGGCCAUCCUGAUCCAUUUGGGAUGGACAUGGGAGUCCCACGUGCGAAACCACCGGAGGCUUUGCCAGAGGCUUUGCCCGAGUGGGAGGUGGACCAUACAGAGCUUCGCCUGGAGGAGCUGUUAGGCACUGGAAGCACCGCAGAAGUCUAUCGCGCGGCGUGGCAUGGCACGGACGUAGCAGUGAAGAAGCUACGGAGCAAAGGAGCGACGAAGCCGCGAGAGAGACGGA